GUUUUCUUAUCGCGGUCCACUUCUCGUUUCAUGCGCAGCUGCAGUACCGGCAAUGGAGAGCCAGCGGCAAAGUCAACUGAGUUUGAGGUUCGACGAGUGAAAGUGUGGAUGUGGAAGUGAGUUGACAACUGCUACGGACCUAUCUUGCUUUCAAGUUGCUGUUGCGACGGAACAUUAACUGGGAGUGACCAGCUGCUGCUGAAAACGUCGCCUUUCAACCGCAUUUAGCUCCAGAAGAGAUAUUUUUAUGGGACUAAUAGCGCUAUCUUAUCGUGGUUCGCCUCUCUCCUUAUCACUGCUGCGGCAAGGGCGUUGAGAGCCAACGGACACUGACGCGCAAAUUCAGUUAAUGUUGCUCGAGUGAGGUCGUGAAAGCAGAAGUGAGCGGAGAACAAGUCAGACCGUUGUUUUUUUAUUGUUUACAGGCCGUUGCUGUGGAAGCUGAAAUAAGGAAACACUAGCGCCCGUAGUCGCACACGUCGUCGGCUGCCAUACGUUCAUAGCAUAUGCACAGACGUUGCGACCUCUUGGCGCAAAAGCCUGUAAAGUCGCAUAAGGUUCGGUUAGGCGAGGGCAGAUUAGCUUAGAUUGGCUGCUUUCACUUCUGACAAGGUCAUCAACCCCACUUCUCGUGUGGUUUCAAGACAACACUGACUCGGCUGCGAGGAAACACCGAUGGCCGACGGGGAACCGCCCUUGCACCGCGUUCGUCAUCACGUCCACGGCGUCAACUGGAGACCGACGCGAUUCGUGGACGGUGUGCCGUACUACCACUCGUGCGGCCUCUGCAACGUGAUUCCGAGGAAGACGGUGUUGCUUCCCUGCUCUCACGUGUUGUGCCAGUCGUGUUACAGGGGCAGCAUUACGGAAGAUGACGGCGGUGAUGGCAGAGGAGUGUGCCCCUUGGACGAGGAUCCGUUCGAAGUGCACCAGUGCGCCAGGAUUAGGCUUUCCGCGACGAAGUUGAAUAGCUUCAGGGCGUACUGCUGGAACCAAGAAAAUGGUUGUGAGUAUGUUGGCACUCUGCAAGAAGUCCUCGCACACUGCGAAGAGCAGUGCACCUUUUCACACCGUGGCGUGUCCGAGGUGCAGAGAGAACGUCCUACACGCUGACCUUCCGGCGCACUACGUGGCUGGCUGUGGUGGAGGCAGUGAAUCGUCGGCCGAAACAGAGGAAUCAUCCGAGCAGGACAGCGAACACACGUACAACAAUACUUCGCAGACUAGUUGGUCCAUGCUGAAAGCUCGACUUUCUGAGCUGCGGGAGGAAAGAAGAGAGACAACAAAGCUUUCGCCCGACGACGAAGGCUUUAGUAUGGAAGAUCUUACUGCGUUCUUGGCUGAGCUUGAGGGGCUCGACACAUAUUCACCCGAAUAAGAUUACAGUAUCUGUGCUUUGAUGAAACCUGCGCACAUCUUCAUAAAUCCUCCUUUCGCCUGUUCAAGGGUGUGGACAGCAAUGGGAGCUUUUGUGGAACAGUCCAACAUUUGUGUGCAGCAUUCUUUCUGUGACCGUGAAAAGCACACAAAACGUGGUAUAUUUCUCCGUUAAAGAAAGUUUGUAGGCCAGUUCCUGCCAGCACAGUAAGUGCACCGUGCACUAAAUAAUGGUGGGUACACCCAAGAAAUGCAGUGCGGAGGCAGCGAUGUCAGCAUGCGUCAGCCUUUGUACGACCGUAAAACUUCAUUUGUGCAACAGCCUUUGUGCAGCAGUCUUUGUGC